GAUAUUGAUCAUCAUGAUUGACUUCAAUUUUGGGGUCUAUGUUAAAAUUUUCAAACAAUAUGAUUAUGCGACUGAAAACCAAUCACAAACUCAACUUUUCAUUUUCAGUUUUCACAAAAAAAUAAAAUAAAAUAAAAUAAAAUCACUUCUCAUUUUCUGUCAAUUAAUCGUGGGGACUGGGGUCCAUGUAAAAUUUUUAACAAUAUGAUUAUGUGUUUGAAUGCCAAUCUCAAACCCAACUUUUCCAUUCUCUGUCAAUUAAUUGUGGGAUCCAUAUUAAAUUUUUAGCAAUAUGAUUAUGUGGCUGAAAGCCAAUCUCAAACUCAUAAUUUUUCAUUUCCUAUGGACUUCUCAAGAAUUUCUCUUCGUCCAUUCAAGCUCUGUGAUUCUGAUAAUUUCCUGAGAUGGGCAAGUGAUGAUAGAGUAACACGGUAUCUAAGGUGGAACACCAUAACCACCAAGGAAGAAGCUUUGACAUACAUUGAGAAAGUUGCCAUACCCCACCCUUGGCGUCAAUCCAUUUGUUUGGAUGACCGUUCGAUCGGAUACGUUUCGAUCAAGCCGGAAUCCGGUGAAGACAAAUGCAGGGCACAUGUUAGUUAUGCUGUGGGUGCAGCGUACUGGGGACAAGGGAUAGUCACAGAGGCAAUGAAGAUGGCCAUAUCUGAGGUGUUCAAAGAUUUCCCAGAUUUGGUUAGGCUUGAGGCUUUGGUAGAGGUUGAGAAUAGAGGGUCUCAAAGGGUAUUAGAGAAGGUUGGUUUUCUUAAAGAAGGAUUGCUAAGGAAAUAUGGGUAUUGCAAAGGUGAAAUUAGAGACAUGUUUGUGUAUAGUUUCUUAUCAACUGAUAAUAUUUUGUGAUUGAUUUUGGUUCUUCCCCUUUCUUAAUCUUGAAUUGUUUUCUUAAUUAACCAUUUUGUUAAAUUUGGGAUGUUACGUGGUCAUUUCUCUUAUUAUAAGUUUGGAAAUAAAAUAAUGCCGUUUAUGUA